GUUUGAAGCUCUGACACGCAAUAAUAAGGUUGUAAUGUAGCUCUCGUGUUUACAAAAAUCGGAAAAAUAAAUUCAUACAAAAUGAUGCGAGGUUUUCUGAAUAUUGUGCGAACUUAUGCCAGCAAAAACAGAGUUAAACCGCAUCAGAAACCAAUAGUUUACAAACCAAUAAAUGCACAGAUCGAAAGUAUAAAGGCAAAAGGAUUUUUAAGACCAAUCAAACCCUACGAGCCUCCAAGGGAUUUUAAGGAAAUUGUUGAUAAAGUUGUCGCGGAUAUGGGAGGAAUUUCAAAUUUCAAAGAUCAGAAGUUUGAUUUGCUUAGGAACUGUUCAACUGUAUUUAAUUAUUCGGUUCCAAAUUCUCAACUCUUUGAAAUGAAAACAUUGAAGGAUGUUGUCAGAUUCUAUGGAACACCAAUAGACACUCACACACCGUACGAAACAUUAGUAAAGGAAAAUGAUCUUCCCAAUCUCCAUGUCAUAGCUGAAUAUAGAAGAUACAAUCCUGAAACAGAUGGCAUUUCAGCUUUUCCAAAAAGCUCAACCUUAGUCACUGGUCUUAAAUAUAGGAAGAAGUAUAAAGGACAUAAAGCAAAGACUUCCUGGCCUUAAAAUUUCAUUAUUAUAUAAAUUUGUAAUGAUGAUUAUUCAAGAAUAAAACUUCUAGUAGUAAAACUUCAUAUUGAAAGAAAAAUAAGAUUAAUUAGUUAAUUUAAAUUCGUC